AUGGAUAAUAUCAAUGUUUUGCCACGCAUAAGCUCCACAACCAUAUCGAACACUGAAACUUCUUCACCACUAACACCAUUUUCCGCAGUUGCCUCGCAUUUUAUGGUCCCAUUUUCGAAGAUACAAGUCCAAAUAACAUUGGAAACCAUCUACGAGGAAGAAGAAGAGGAGGAUGAAAAUGAAACGGAGAAAAGUUCUGAUUCCGAUAUGCCUACGUCCUCUUCACCACCAAUCCUCCCAAUUCAAGCAGCUGCGUGUUCGUUUGAAAUGACGGGGUUUUUUCUUUUUCUGGUGUCUUUUGGUUAUAACUACCAGCGUGCAUAG